AUGAAACUACAUUUCUGGAAAAUUGCUAAAUCCUACAACUUGGCAGAUUAUAAUGAGUGUUUAGAGGAGUUGAGAGAGUUAAAUCCAGAUGCAACCAUAGCUUUCACUUCAUAUAACCCAAGACUAUUUUGUAGAGCUUACUUGAAUUAUGAAAUUAAGACAGAUGCAAUCACAUCUAACAUGGCUGAAACAUUCCACUCAUACAUUAUUAAUGCCAGAACCAAGCAUUUGAUAUAUAUGUUAGAGGACAUCAGAGUGGCUUUGAUGCAGAGAUUAGUAACUAAAAGACAAGAAAUGCAGAAGUCAACCUCUGUUCUUUGUCCUAGAAUCCAUGCCAUGUUAGAAAAGGAAAAAAGUAAGGCUGCAUUGUGUGAUGUUUUACCUUCUUCAGAUACAGUGUUCAAUGUGAAGUAUUUCCUUGAUCAACUCAAGGUAGAUUUAGAGGCCAGAAAGUGCACAUGUAGGAAAUGGGACAUGUUAGGGGUCCCAUGUUGUCAUGCCAUAGCAUGUAUAUUCUUUAAGAACAAGGAUGCUGAAUCUUUUGUGGAUGAUUGUCAUAAAAAGGAUGUAUACUUGAGGGUUUAUGGUGGUUUUAUCCAUCCAUGUGAAGGAGAGAGGCAUUAG